CUGGACCAAGCCGUCCCGCCCCCAGCCUCUCCUGUCCCGUCAGUGGAGCUGCGGCACCGCGCUUCCUACAGCACCCACUCCGCGCAGCGCCUCAGAACAUUAGGAACGCCAAGCAAGCCGGAUAAAAGUUAUUUUCAUGGAAAGAACGGCUCCAAAAACAGGACCAUGGGAUAUGGGCAAAUCCUCCACCGGCAUGGGAAUGAGGAGGACCAGGUCCACCUCAACGUGGGAGGGGUGCGACAUGAGGUGGCUCCGGACAUGUUGCUCCGCUUCCCCCACACACGCCUGGCUCGCCUGCUGCGCUGCCAGAGCGAGGCGGCCAUCCUGGAGCUGUGCGAUGACUACGUCCCGGCCGAGAAGGAGUACUACUUUGACAGGAAUCCCCGGAUUUUCCUCUGCGUGCUCAAUUUCUACCACACGGGCCGCAUCCACAUGAUGGAGGAGUUCUGCGUCUUCUCUUUCAGCCAGGAAAUUGAGUACUGGGGCAUCCAAGAGCUGCACCUCAGCUCCUGCUGCAACAACUGGUACCACGAGAGGAAGGAGUACAUCGAGGACAGGGACUGGGACAUCCGAAGUGAUGACCAGCAGCCCAGCUUGGAUUCCUCCUUUGAGGAGCUCUCUGCUCUUGACAAAGACCUCGCCAAGUUCAAAGGCGCCUGGUGUGCAGAAGUGAGGAGUUACAUCUGGCUCAGGCUGGAGGAUCCAGCUCACUCCACCGCCUCGAAGAUAAUCGCCGUGGCUUCCCUCAGCGUGGUGUUAACCUCCAUUGUUGCCAUGUGCGUCCACAGCAUGCCUGAAUUUCACCACAUGGAAGACGAGAAGUCCACCGAGGAUCCCGCCUUCGCCAUCCUGGAGGAGAUAUGCAUCGCCUGCUUCUCCGCAGAGUUCAUGAUCAGGCUGAUAGUAGCACCGUCCCGAAGGAAGUUCCUCGGAAACCCGUUGAACCUGAUUGAUGUUGCUUCCAUUUUGCCGUUUUACGCGACUUUGGCCCUGGAGACAGCGGAUGAGGACGCCAAAGAGGAGAGCGAAGACCUAGAAAACGUGGGCAGGGUGGUGCAGGUUAUGCGUCUCAUGAGGGUCCUCAGAAUCCUCAAACUGGCUCGCCACUCCAUCGGCCUGCGAGCGCUGGGCGCCACGGUGCGCCACAGCUACCACGAGGUGGGUCUGAUCAUCCUCUUCCUCUCAGUAGGAAUCUCCAUCUUUUCUGCUCUUAUCUACUUCGCGGAAAAAGAAGAGAAGGACACGGACCUGGGGACCAUCCCCUCUGGUUGGUGGUGGGCCAUGAUCACCAUGACCACGGUCGGCUAUGGCGACACAUGCCCCGUGACGCUGGCAGGAAAGAUAGUGGCCACCUUAUGCAUCAUCUGUGGCCUGUUAGUGGUAGCUCUGCCUAUCACUAUCAUCUUUAAUAAGUUUUCAAAAUACUAUCAGAGAAACAAAGCCAUGGAGGGACAGGGUAUCACAAAGCCUGAGAGGCAAGACCCGGAGCUCCCACAUUAUAACAUCAGAGACUUGUUCACAGGCAGCGUUUAUCCCUUUAUAGGAAGCAUUGCCUUCAGGAACAGUGUGAGCAGUGGAGGGGAUGUUACAGACGCCUCCAGCCUCCAGGACAUUGAGGUGUAUGAUAAUGACACGUGUGAAAAUGGGUCAGCCAAAUGAGACUCGUGCCAUUUCUCUGGGCACUUCCAGCCCCCUUAAUGACAGCAAAUCACCCCGUGCCUCAGAGGGCAGAGAGCUCCAUCACCGGCCUUGCCUUCCUGCACUCUCCUCCUCCCGCGGUUUGACAGAGAUCUAUGCUGGCCGUGAAGGUCUGUUUUUUUUUUUUCCCUACUUAUGAAAUAUACAGUGUUGCUAAAACCAGGAAAUCUAUGGGGAAUAAUCUGAACCUUGCUUGGAGGUUUGAAAGCCCAUUUUCUGCUUGAGAAAUCUGCAACGAUGCAUGUAGGAGGCCAUAAUGUUAAUGUUUUUUAAAGUAAUGUCCUUUUAUUGAUUUGUUUGCUCGCUGAAACUUCAGGCGGAGAGUUCGCCAGAUGCGAGAGGCCGGAAUGACGGCACUGUUCAAUGUCGUAAAAAGGCUGUUACAGAUCUGAUGUUAUGCAGCCUGCAUGAUAUAAAUGCAUUUUGAGAGCAAGAAAUAAAAAUAGUUGCAUAGAAUAGGAAGAGAGCUUACAUGUCUCUCAAAGCACGGAGGAAAGCACAGGUUGUUCUUAACAUUUUGUUUUGGAUAGCUGUUUUGGCAUGCUGGGGCAUUUACCUGUGUGAACAUGAAAUAAAACUUAAAAGAAAGAUGUUU